AUGGUUCGUUCUCGUGGCGUUUACCUCGUGGGUUCUGCCCUUGCUCGCCGCUCUUCUUCAUUGCUUUCUCAACAAUCUGCUCCUCAUUAUGUCUGUAGAAGUUUGCUCAAUUGGAGCUAUAGUAGAGGAUUAACAACUACAACUCGAGGUUGGAAUCAAGCUGGGGCCACCACCAAUUCCUUUCUCCCGAACAACAAAAACGUUAAUUAUAAACUUCGGUUGUCUUUUGGAGCUUUAAAGCCAAAUGGCUUAAGAUCAAUUCAUGGCACAGCUUUCAGCUCAAAAGAUUAUUACGAUGUACUUGGUGUCAGUAAGAAUGCGACUCAAUCCGACAUUAAGAAAUCGUACUAUCAGCUAGCAAAGAAAUUCCAUCCAGAUAGUAACAAAGAUGAUCCUGAAGCUCACAAAAAGUUCCAAGAAGUUUCUAAGGCUUAUGAGGUUUUAAAAGAUGAAGAAAAACGCUCCCUAUACGAUCAGGUUGGACAUGAGGCCUUCGAACAUCAAGGUGACAAUGGUUUCCAACCUGGUGGUGGGGCGGGAUUUGAACAUCCAUUUGGGGACUUCUUCAGAAUGGAUGAUAUAUUCGGCAACAUGUUUAAUCAGCAACGGCUUGGUGGCGAAGAUGUCAAGGUUGCUCUUGAGCUAUCCUUCAUGGAAGCUGUUCAGGGAUGCACAAAAAAUAUCACAUUUCAAACUGACGUUCCUUGUGAAACAUGCCGUGGUGAAGGUGUACCUCCUGGUGUAAAACCUCAAAUCUGCAAACGCUGUAAAGGAACCGGCACGGUGUUUACACAAAAAGGGUUUUUCAGUGUUCAGCACACCUGCAAUCAAUGUGGUGGCGCAGGUCAAACUGUAUCGAGCUUUUGCAAGUCAUGUCAAGGGCGCAAGGUAAAAAGAGGGUCAAAAUCUAUCAAAUUGGAUAUAGUACCAGGAGUUGAUGAUAAUGAAACAAUCAAGGUGCCUAGGAGUGGUGGAGCAGACCCUGAUAGAAACCAGCCUGGUGAUCUCCUAGUCAACAUAAAGGUCCGUGAAGACCCAGUCUUCCGCAGAGAAGGUGCUAACAUACAUGUAGAUGCUGUUAUGAGUAUUACCCAGGCAAUUUUGGGGGGGACAAUCCAGGUCCCGACACUCACUGGAGAUGUCGUUGUUAAGGUUCGUGCAGGCACCCAGCCUGGUCAGAAAGUAGUGCUGAAGAAAAAAGGAAUUAAAGCACGUGGCUCAUAUUCUUACGGCGAUCAGUUUGUGCACUUCAACGUCAGCAUCCCAACGAGUAUAACACCAAGGCAACGUGAAUUGCUGGAGGAGUUCACCAAAGAAGAACAGGGAGAAUGCAUCAAGCGCGCUGCAGCUGGGGCAUCUGGCUAA